ACUGGAGGUCCAUCCUCUAAAUGCCAUAAAAGGUUUUGAAGCAGGCUUGACUAGACUCUGGAGGAAAGUCGGCGGGAGUGUGAGAAUAACACACACUGUCAUUCUGCAACGACUGUCAGUACACGCCACAGUUUCCCCACAGCUUGACUGAAAAAAUGGCCAGCAAGUUAACAGAGCAGCAGAUCACAGAGUAUAAAGGAGUUUUUGAGAUGUUUGAUGAAGAGGGUAACGGAGACGUGAAGACACAGGAGCUGGAAAGACUCAUGAGUUUAAUGGGAAUCAAUCCGACAAAGAGAGAGCUCAGCCAGAUGGCCAAAGAUGUGGACAAAGAUGGUAAAGGGAUAUUUAACUGUGACAGUUUCCUGGGUCUAAUGGCACUAUACCACGAAAGAACCAAGAACCAAGACGCUCAACUCAGAGCUGCGUUUAAAGUGUUUGACAAAGAAGCAAAAGGUUACAUUGACUGGAACACACUCAAAUAUGUCUUGAUGAAUGCAGGGGAACCACUUAAUGAAACUGAGGCAGAGCAGAUGAUGAAGGAGGCAGAUAAAGAUGGUGAUGGAACCAUUGACUAUGAAGAAUUUGUAGCCAUGAUGACGGGGGAUUUGUUCAAAAUGAGCUGAAGAUCCAAAGAAUGACGUUGCUUCCACUUUGGUUCCUGUGUGUGUUCCAGUCAUACACAGUUCCAAAAUAAGACGAUAGCACCCUUCUGUUUAAAUGUUCAGUUGGAAUAAUGGAAAGAAUUAUAAUAUAUAAAUAAAUCAAACUAUAAAAAC